GUGGAUGACAGUUAGCAGCAUGCUUUCCACUGCACUCCCUGACACCGUUUCCCACCCAGGAUGUCUGUGAGCGAGAGCGCAGUUUUUGCCUACGAGUCCUCAGUGCACAGCACCAACGUCUUGCUCAGCCUCAAUGACCAGCGGAAGAAGGACGUGCUGUGCGACGUCACCGUCCUGGUGGAGGGCCAGCGGUUCCGAGCCCACCGCUCGGUGCUGGCUGCAUGUAGCAGUUACUUCCACUCAAGAAUCGUAGGCCAGGCCAGUGCUGACCUCACCAUCACACUGCCUGAGGAGGUGACAGUCAAAGGAUUUGAACCUUUAAUUCAGUUUGCCUACACUGCCAAACUAAUUUUAAGUAAAGACAAUGUUGAUGAAGUGUGCAAGUGUGUGGAGUUUUUAAGUGUACACAAUAUUGAAGAAUCCUGUUUUCAGUUUCUCAAGUUUAAGUUUUUGGACUCCACCGCAGACCAGGAAGAAUGCUCCAGGAAAAAAUGCUUCUCCCACUGUCAGAAAGCAGACCUUAAGUUUUCACUUUCAGACCAGAGAGAUACAGAAAUUGGGGAAGCAGAGGAGUUCCUGGAGAAGAACAGUGUUCAGACUCCUCAGUGUAAACUCCAAAGAUGUCAAGGUACUGUAAAAGCAUCGCCUCCCCUCCAGGACAGUGCCAGUCAGACAUGCCAGUCCAUGUGCUUGGAGAAGGAUGCAGCUCUUGCUUUGCCAUCUUUAUGCCCUAAGUACAGAAAAUUUCAGAAAGCAUUUGGAACUGACAAAAUCCGUACUCUGGAAUCUGGCAUCAAAGAUGUCUAUACUGCCUCUGGCCAACCAAAUGAGACAUCUGAACUUGAGUGUCUAGGGGGAGUCCAGGGCUGUGCAGAUUGGCAGGUGAUUUUAAAAUGUGAAGAAAAGUCAGCCAUGGAACUUGAAAACACAAAGAGAAAAGGCCCUGUCUCUCAGUGCCCAGCAGAGGAGACAGAAGGGACGCCUUUCCCUCCCAACCCUGCAGACUCUCAUGGGCUCUAUUCUCUAUCUCUCAUACACACAUAUGAUCAGUCCAGUGACCUGAGCUUUGCUGGUAUGCAAAGUACAACAGUGAAAACAGAAAAGCCUUUGUCAGGUACAGAUGCUCAAGAAGAGAAGCCAUUUGGUGAAAGUCAGGAUUUAUAUAUGAAGUCUGACACGGGCCCCAAAGAAGACAGCAGCCUUGCACCUAGUGACCGCAGCAGUGUGGAGCGUGAGGUGGCGGAGCAUCUGGCCAAAGGCUUCUGGAGUGACAUCUGCAGCACAGACUCGUCUCUCCAAAUGCAGUUGUCACCUGCUGUGGCCAAAGACGGCUCAGAACAGAACUACUCACAGAGGCGUUCUGAGUGUCCCUGGUUGGGUAUCAGGAUCAGUGAGAGCCCAGAGCCCGGCCAGAGAACUUUCACAACCCUGAGUUCUGUCAACUGCCCUUUUAUAAGUACUCUGAGUUCUGAAGGCUGUUCAAGCAACUUGGAAAUUGGAAGUGAUGAUUAUGUUUCAGAGCCUCAGCAGGAACCCUGUCCAUAUGCUUGUGUGAUCAGUUUGGGUGACGACUCUGAGACGGACACAGAAGGCGACAGUGAGUCCUGCUCUGCCAGAGAGCAAGAAUGUGAGGUAAAACUGCCAUUCAAUGCUCAGAGAAUAAUUUCACUGUCCCGAAAUGAUUUUCAAUCCUUGUUGAAAAUGCACAAACUGACCCCAGAGCAACUGGACUGUAUCCAUGACAUCCGCAGAAGAAGUAAAAACAGAAUUGCUGCACAGCGCUGUCGCAAAAGGAAACUCGACUGCAUUCAGAAUCUUGAAUCAGAGAUCGAGAAGCUACAAAGUGAAAAGGAGAGCUUGCUGAAGGAACGAGAUCACAUUCUGUCAACGCUGGGUGAGACAAAGCAGAACCUGACUGGACUUUGCCAGCAAGUCUGCAAAGAAGCUGCUCUGAGUCAGGAACAGAUCCAGAUACUCGCCAAGUACUCGGCCUCAGACUGCCCCCUUUCCUUUUUAAUUUCUGAGAAAGGAAAAAGUACUCCCGAUGGUGAACUUGCAUUUCCUUCGAUUUUCAGUUCAUCUGAUGUGCCUCCAGCUGCACCACCUCCCAGUGGGCGAGGGAGCAGCCAGGCUGGCCGUGAACAGGGGCAGGAGUCCCAGGCAGCUACCGCACCUGUCCCCGAGCAGGCCACGCUGCUGGAGCCCUGCCGUCAGAGUGCUGGCAUCUCGGAUUUCUGUCAGCAGAUGACUGAUAAAUGCACUACUGAUGAGUAAAUUUGUGUGCGCUGCCUUCGGCCCGUGGGGUUUUCUACUGAAGUUUCGGCAAUGUCUUGAAAGCCUAAUAUGGCCAUCUCUUACUAAGUAGCUCACUUCCCCAGGUAGCUUUCUGGUCAGGGAAUUUCUCUUAAGUGGACUCUGAGUUCUUCUUCAUUUGUGCAGGAGACAUGAAGUGAUUUACCCCAUGAAUACUGAAAAAUCACUUGUGAAAAUAUAGCAGGACUUUAAAACUUGUGUUUAAACUGUUAAUAAUUCAGAAUAACUUUGACAGUGCAAAGUGCAGUAUCGGUUUUAACAGCUUGAAACAUCUGCACGUAGUCCUUUGAAGAAGUGGCCUGCAGAGCAUAGUAAUCUACCUUUGGCAGUAUACUGAUAAAAAGCUCUCCCCAAGCAGUGCAGUGGAAGUCUACUCAGAAGGGAGAUGUCAACACUGAGAAUAUUUGUGUAGUGCUGUGGUUCAGAAAAUAAACCAUCUCUCCUGAACCCAGCACUCCUCAGUUCCCACUGAAGCCUGGUGUGGGCUGGAGCUGGUGGCCCUGCACUGCCCUGGCGGACUUGGGGAAGGUCUGUGGCUGGCCUGAGCUGGAGGCCUCUGCCUUCCUCAGAUUGACUAGAGUUUCUGACUGUACAAACUGUAGAUAAGUGUCAUUUUCCUGCCUCUCUUCCCUUCCUCUCUUUCGUUUCUACCAUAUGUAGGCCUGUUAGGAACUUUCUGUUUCCUGACUUUCUUGUCUCUUGAAAGAACAACAGGACUCAGGCUGCAGUGACCAGUGGCCCUGAGUGCAGGAGCAGGCAGCACCAUGGUGUCCAGGAUCUGGAGAGCUUCUACCACACGGCUGUUCACCUCUUCAGCAUAGGUCACUGAUACUAGAGAAGAGGACACUGGGAUCUGGGGAAGGACAAGUUCUACAUUUACCAGAAGUGCAGUUGAUUUUUGUCCUAGUUUUGAAGACCUAUGAUGGGACUGUAAAAAGCAUUCUUGUAGAUCAGUGUAUCUACAACUUACAGGUGUUUGAAAAUGAAUGAAAAUCGGUCUUACUCCUUAUGGUCUGCAUUUGAGAACCAAGUUUAAUCCUUGCUUUUUAUCUCCCCAGUUUGGUAUCAUGUGAAGGCAAACACAUCAGUUUGACUUAAAUAUCUUAUUUAAAACCCCAGCCUUUUUCUUAUUUGGUGUUGGUAGAGAAUGAAUUUAUAGUCUGAGCAGUUACCCAUAACAUUUUGUUGUGAUUCUUAGUCAUUCUGGAUCACACACAUUAGACCUCAGCAGUGAAAAUAAAGCAUUGUAUAUUGCAUCAGUGUAUUUUCAGAAUCCUUAAGGAAUGUGAAAGGAUUCAAAAUUGGAAACUUCUUGAGUGCUGACAUGAUACCAGAUAUGGAAUAUUCCACUCCUGACCUCACAUGACAGGUUGAAGUCAAAACACAGGACAUUCAAGAUAUUAUGAAAAUUACUUUAAGCUAUAUGUGUAAGGUACAUACAGAUUUCAUUUUAAACUUGGGGUCUGGUUCUCAAGCUAUCUCUUACUUUUAAAAUCUGAAAAUGAUUUGAAAUCUGAAGCUCCUUUGGUCCCAGUAAGGGAUACUCAAUGCUUUUAUGCUUACAGAAGUGUUUGCAGAAUUUAAAGUGCUGCAGAGGUAUUGUUGGUAGAAAGGACUUCAUCCUUCCAGGUCAGACAUCUGAAAGAGACACUUGUCUUUAUUGCAUGCUGCGUCAAGACAAGGGCCUGGGUAUCUAGAGAGAGCCACCCUCAGUGUGGCAUCAAAUUGGCUGCAAGCCAACAUUUGCCAUGAGAAGAUAUGGGGACCAGUCUCACUCUUUCAGAGUAAGUUGUCACAUGUUGCCCUUUUUCACUGGGGUGCAGGGACGGAGGGAGGGUGGGUAGUGCUAGUAUAUUCUCAGUGUUUGUAUGUUAUCUUCAGAAGAGAAAAAUUAGUUGGGAUUAUUUUGUCGAAACUUGGAAGUACUCAAGUUGUCUGGGAGAGAAUGGUCAUUCUAUGAUAAUGCAUCCCGUAUUACAAAAGAAUUGUGUCUGUAUGUGUUCCCACGUAACUGUUUGUUUGCUACUUGUAAUUUUAGAUUUCAACAGCAUAAAACAAAUGUUACUUCUCUGGUUUACAGAGUGUAAGAUCUCAUACAAGCCAAUGGAACCCUGAUUUCCUACCUCACUGUACACUCAGCUGUCUGCCGUCAUUGUGUAUGUGCACUUGUCAAAUAAUCUUUGCUUUAAUUGCAACUGUAAAUACCUGCUUUGGAAAGUUACUGUUUUAUGAUAAAGCCUAGUUCUUUCCACAAUUUAAAUAUAAUUUUUAAGACACUUGGUUUAAAUUUCUACCUACAAACAGUUUAGCAUUAAAGGUUUUAUUUUAAUGGUGUCUGAUAAUUGGCCAAGUAUAAUAUUUCUUAAAAUUCAGCAUUACUUUUAAUAGCCAGCAUGUAAUACAAGUAACUACACUACCUCAUACCUAUGUGAUUUUCAAGUUGUAAUAUAGAUGGACAGGAAAGAUUUUACCUUUGUCUUUUGGCCAUAAGGUGGGUAAGUUUUCUAUAUAUUGUAGAGCAUCAUACAUACCUAUAUUAUGCCUAUUUUAACAUGAACUUCUAAAAAGUUUUUUCUAAGAAAAUGUUUCAAGGCAAUAUUUUUUUUUCCAGACCGCUGAAGACAAAUGAUAGGAUCAUGUGUAUACAGUGUAUGCCUUUUCCUUCAUGCAGAAUAUUGACAAACUUUUCAGUCAGUGUAGCGCAUAUUCACAGGGUCAUUUUGCUCCUUGUUUACAUGAACUGGCCUUCUCAAUGCGUGGUGAUUUCUCUUUUUAAGCUGUCAUAUCUAACUCAGUACAGUAGCAUUACCUUAAGUUUUGCCCCUUAUCUGAAUACUAUAGCUACAGCAAAUAAUUUGUUAAAUUGUUAUAUUCAAAAUAAAUAUAAGCAUAAUAGUUGACCACAUGGGAGUUUAAUAACAGUCUACUGUAGCUUGAUGCUUAACCAGUUCUGUUAGGAGUUCAAUGUGUAUGAUGGUAGAGGUGGCAUGCAGACACUCAGCCACAUUGA